CAGCCGACCUAAAGAAACGAUGGUAGUAACUCGACAAUCGAAUCACCGCGACUCGGGUGAAACAGCGGAAGAAAACACACUGGGCACUAUUCCAGAAGGACUCAGAAUACCAACCCAACCGCAACCGCAGAUGCCUUUUGUUUUUCAUCCUCCGAAUCCAAUGACUACCGGCGAAGAAUUCGACAUUGCUGAAGAUACUGAUUCAGUGCGCUGUGAGAGCGAAACAAAAGACACCGUCAGCGAGAUUACCACCACAGCAAGACGGUCCGAGGACCCAUCCCCAUCGCGAGGUGGCACGGAGGUGGUGCGAUUGCUGGCCAGUCUGCACGACCUCAGUCGACAGAUGGAGGUCACGAUGGUGGACUUGCGCGCUCAGCUGGGCUCCCGAUUAGGAAACGAGUCGGCAGCAUGGGACUCUGGGGACUACACCGGGUUUGGUUCCUCCCUGCCUCACGACAGCGUGGCCAGGCAGAGACUGGCUCGGAUGAAGGGAAUGGUCAAGAAAACGUGGUCAGGCGUGGUUUCUCGGCUGCUGCUGGCGUGGCAGCUUCUCUGCUUGCGCUACCCAGCCGUGACCGUGCGGCUGGCCGAGAUGGUGCGACGUGUUCGACCGCUGCUGGUGCCGCUCGGCUAUCUCGUGCUGGCGAACGUCAUGUACGGCGCCUACCAGACGCACCGCCGCCUCGUGGAGCGACACAGACAGCGCGCCGUCGCCUGGCUCUAGCGGCACUGGGCCGAACUGAUGGUGUCGUCGGCUCCGGAUCGGUGGCGGCGCUUUGCGUGUGUGGGCGCUGUCUUCACACACGUCCCAAUGCGAGGCCGUUGUGGCUGUCGUCUUGGUAUCUUGGUCUGUUCCCCACGAAUCCAUGUAAAUUGCAGAU